AACAAAUCAAAGGUGGUAUAGUCGAUAAUACUAAUACACUCAACACUGUUUUACAAGAAGUGUUGAUUAUGAAAGGCCAAAUAGAGCAUAUAUCUGAUAUUUCAAAGGUUAAUUUACCAAAUAGCGGAUCUAUCAAGGCUGUUGAAAUAAACCCCGAUGAAUUGCUAGAUCCAGAUAUUAAAAGUGAGACUGACCGUAGAGGCAAUAAACCAAACUAUAUUUAUAAAAAAACUUAUAAGGUUCAGGAGGUUGCUUGUAAGCCAAUAAAUAUUCCAAGUGAUGACGAUGCUAAAGCUACAAGAAUUCAACAUGUCCAGCAAGAGUUGAAAUUAAUUAUUGUAUCAGGUCUUCGAGCAUCACUUCAACAAAUAUUCUUGCAACUUUCUAAAUUAGCCAGCAUUCAUAAGAAACCAUUGUCUUCUCCGGCACUUCUUCCGGCAAAGACUUUAGAUUUAGAUGGAUCCAUGAAAAAAGCUCCUAUUUCUGUUAGUGAUGAAGGUGGUACAGAAUUACCAGACCUAG